AUGCCUGUGCCACUCGGUCCAGAUCUCAAGAAGAAGGACAAAUCCACCAUGGGCCCCAACGGCAAAAGCAACAUGAACGACCCCUUGUCUACGCCAAAUACCACGAUCACCAUGACCACCACGGCUGAAACGACUACAAACGUCCCGCCCACAGCGUCGGGUAGAGGGCCUGGUGUGAUGACGCAGGAGGAAGUCGAUCGCCUGUACGAAGAGCGCAUGGAAGAGGACUAUCUGGUCAACUAUCCACUGGGAAUCGUGAAGCUGCUCUAUUAUCACUGUCGAAAUGGUUAUGAUGCUUAUGUCUGUCUACUGUCCUUGCAACUCGUUAGCCCCAUGUCUAUAACUAAGAAUCAAGCUCCUCUCUGUAACUCCUCCGUAUAA